UGGUAACUCAGCAGAGAAAGAAAAUGCUCUUGCCGGCAGUAAUGUUUUUCUUUGGACUUUUUGUUGGUUGGCUCCGUUUUGAAAAUGAUGGAAAAGAGGCAGAUUUUUCUCAAGUACUCCAGGGAGUUCAGAGACUAGAGAAUAUGAAUAGUGAAAAGUCGCUUAAAUCCCGGCCACCAUUAGGUGGCAGAUACGAUGCUAUUCUUGAACUAUGUGGAGAGCUUUGCGACCUUACUAAACCAAUAAAAAGACAAGCUGGAGACUUAUUGGGAAUGGGAACAGUGAAAGCAAAGGUUGACUGUGACGCUGUAUUCUCUAGUCCUGAAAUAGAUCGACCCAGUGGACAUCCAGCGAUGAGUUGGGAAAUGAUCCCACAAGAUCUCCAGAAAGAGUAUUCCCAUAAUGGACAAGUUAACAUUCUCUCUUGGUUUUUUGACGAAACCAGCCAAGUUGUUCAGAAAGCUGAGAAUGAUGUUAGAAUCUACUCGAAAACUUACGUUCAAACGUACAUUGACAAUUUUGUUUCUGGUAGGCCCAAUGAGACAUACACUAACGCCAGUUUUCUCAUAGACAAGGCCCUAAAGCAGAUUAGUGUGAAUGGAAAAACAGUCCUUGUUAUUGGAACUAUGACUCCUUGGGUUGAGGCUGUUAUACUAUCAAAGAACCCUUCAAAAGUUAUGACCCUGGAGUACGCUACAGCAAAAAGUGAAUAUCCAGGACUUGAAUUUAUCACACCUUUGGAGUUUAGAAAAAGAUAUAAAGAAGGAAAACUGCCAACGUUUGAUAUAAUUGUUACUUACUCUUCAGUUGAACAUUCAGGAUUAGGUCGGUAUGGUGAUGCCUUGAACCCUUGGGGAGAUAUUCUAACUAUUGCCAGGGUUAGCUGUGUAACUAGUCCUGAUGCCAAGUUGAUUAUUGGAGUACCAACUACAGGGAAGGAUAGAAUAGAGUUUAACGCUCAUAGGAUAUAUGGACCAAUUCUUUACCCAUACUUGGUUACUAACUGGAAAUUAGUUUGGAGCUCUUCAGGAGAGAAAACUCCUGAACCAAAUGAACAUUGGUUUAAUCAGCCUGUUUAUAUGUUUGAAAAAAAUUUGUAAAAAAAUUAAAUUGUUAUUUUUGUAUAAUUUUUUUUUUAUUCUUGAAGCAAUUUUACCAGUUACUCACAACAAAAAAGAUUUUACACCAUUUUUUAACAAUUGGAUUAAAUUUUAUUUACUUAUUUUAUUUACAAACCAUCGUCUAAAAACAUUUUUCAAGGUUUGCAAAGGAUUACUAUAGUCUGUACAUUUAAUAUUUUAUGUGUCAUAUUUUACAUGUAUUUUUUUAAAUAUAAUAACUAAAUUAU